AUGUACGAUGAAAGAUACAUACAUUCGGGAUUCUUCGCCGGAUAUCUCGUAAUGCAACUACCGGUUGGCUACUUGUGCGAUGUCUUCGGACCGAAACCCUUCCUUAUUGCAGGCAUGGCCAUCUCGUCGGUGGCAACGGCCAUCGUGCCCAUAAUGUUCAAACACUCCGACUUCAUCAAUCUAAUAUUGACGAAUGGUUUUAUGGGAGUAGGUCAGGCCGUUCUGUAUCCUGGAUUGACUUGCCUACUAGUUCAGUGGAUCCCGUACCAGGAGAGAUCAACAGGCGGUGCUUUGGUGUUCGACAUGUACGGUUUCGGUUCGGUCUUCUGUUGCUUGGUCACGAUCGUAUUCAUGAACCACGUAGAGAAUUGGAUGUACAUUUUUUAUAUGUGGGUUAUCAUCGGAGUUAUAUGGUGUCUUCUGUUCAGCGCAUUCGGCUCAAGCGGACCGUUCGAAAACGACUUCAUCAGUCUGCGAGAACGAGACUUUUUGGAGAAAAAUUUAGAUAUUAAGGCUUAUUACAUCCAAACGCCGGUAACGGCAAUAUUGAUGGAUAUCAACAUCUGGGCGGUAAUAUUGACCAACACCGCUUCAGAGAUGAUAAUCGCGCUUCAGAUAAUAACCAUACCCGAAUAUUUGAACCUGGUAUUCCGUUUGCCUCCUUACUACGAGAUGAUCCUGUCCAAAUUUCCGCUCGUUCUUAUUACGGUUUCUGGGAUGAUCUCAGGUAUCAUCUCGGACUUCGUAAUCUCGAGGAAGCGUUGCAAACCGAUCUGCGUGAGAAUCAUUAUGUGCUUUUUUGGUAUCCUUGCACCGUCGCUUGUUCUAUUACUUGCAUUCCAUAUGCUUUGCAACAUGAAAAACUUCCUCAUCCUCUACACUUUAUCAGCAUUAUUAAUUGGCACCUACUUCAACGCUAGUAUCUUAGAUAUAAGUGUAAAUCACGCCGGAUUUAUCAUGGGUUUGGCCAACAGCAUCGGUGUCUUCUUCUCUAUGUUCUUCUGUUACACAGUGAAAGAUUUGGCGCGAACA